AUGAGGAAAGCAACUUCUGACGCUGACGAGGCGGCAGCCCACAGCCCCACAACCGAGGUUCAGGAAACGCCAAGGCGCAGAUGGACCAGCUACAUCUGGGACACCUUCGACAAGUCUCCCGAAGAACGUCGACUUCUUUUCAAAUUAGAUUCUGCUAUUUUGACCUUUGCGUCUUUGGGAUAUUUCAUUAAAUACCUAGACCAAAUCAAUAUCAACAAUGCCUUCGUAUCCGGAAUGAAAGAGGACUUGGGUCUAUAUGGCAACGAGUUAAACUACAUGCAAGCCUGUUGGACGGUUGGAUAUGUUAUUGGCGAGAUCCCGAGUAACAUACUUUUGACACGAAUCCGGCCAAGGUAUUGGAUACCAGCUGCCGAGCUCCUAUGGACGGUUCUUACGUUUUCGUUGUCAAGAUGCAAUACGGCUACGCAGUUUUAUGUGCUGCGAUUUUUCAUUGGUCUUGCAGAAAGUACUUUUUACCCAGGGAUGCAAUACAUAAUCGGUUCAUGGUAUCGAAAGGAUGAGCUUGCAAAGCGAUCGUGCAUCUUCCACACCAGCAGUGGCAUUGCCAGCAUGUUCUCCGGUUAUCUCAUGGAUGCUGUGUUUCAUCUUGGGGGAACAGGCGGGUUCAAGGGAUGGCAAUGGCUUUUCGUAAUUGACGGGGUGAUCUCCCUUCCGAUCGCUAUCUGUGGAUUUUUUGUGUUACCUGAUGUUCCGGAAAUCUCGAACCCAUGGUAUCUCAGCAAGGAGGAAGUUGCACUCUCUCAAAAACGAAUGCGGCUAGAGGGUAGACAGGAUAGGGCUCCCCUUACAAAAGGGAGAUUGAAGAAAAUAUUUUCUUCGUGGCAUAUCUAUCUCUUGACUCUACUAUAUGUACUUUUCAACAAUGGCGCGGCUGGUAGCCAGCCAAUUUUUCAGCAAUUUCUCAAACACUCCACGGACCCGAAGUACUCCGUGGGCCAAAUCAAUGCAUACCCGACAACCACCAAUGCUGUCCAGGUUGUAACAACACUUGCUUAUGCUUGGUCUUCGGAUACAUUUUUAAAUGGCCGCCGCUGGCCUCCAAUUGUUUUUGGUGCCCUGGUGAACAUAAUUAGUUAUGUCUCACUUGCGAUAUGGGAUAUUCCGACUGGAUGGAAAUGGACCUGCUACAUUAUCUGUGGGGCUGGAUUUGGGCUCAGUGGUCUGUGCAUGGCCUGGGCUCACGAGAUCUGCUCUGGGGAUAACGAAGAACGAGCACUUGUGAUUGGCAGCAUGAACGAAAUGGCCUACGUCUUCCAAGCAUGGAUUCCGCUUCUUGUGUGGCAGCAAGUCGAUGCUCCCCAAUACCAGAAGGGAUUUAUCACAGUAUCUUGCAUGUCCUUCUGUUUGAUAAUAACAGCUUUGGUUAUCCGAAAUCUUGAUCAAAAGGAAAGAAGACAGAAGAGAAUCCUGACCAGCCAGACGGAUGAGACGGACGACGGCCUCUCUGACACCAUAGCAGCUACUUCCGUAGACACGAAGCACCCUUCAACGCUUUGA